UGAUGCACCUGACAGCUACACCCCGAGGAAGUCGAAGAGUCCCAAAAAGUUGCACCAAAUUAGUUCGCGCCACAGAAAAAGUCCGCAGACUGGGAGCAGAGGCUUCACAUCUCGACUCCUGUCCUGUCGUGUCCUGCACUGCACUGGGCUCCGUCUAUUUCCUGCUUCACACGUCCACGAACACGCACAGGUGCAAUGGCCGAGCGGGUGCUGGUGGUCGGCGGCGGCGGGCGGGAGCACGCUCUGGCCUGGAAGCUGGCGCAGUCGCCCCAGGUCCAGCAGGUCCUGGUGGCGCCGGGGAACGCAGGGACGGCCGGCAGCGGGAAGAUCAGCAACUCUGAGGUGUCCAUCAGUAACCACGCCAUCUUGGCUCAGUUCUGCAAGGAUCACCACGUUGGGUUGGUGGUGGUCGGACCCGAGGUUCCACUUGCAGCCGGCAUCGUCGACGACCUGACGGCGGCCGGCGUCCCGUGCUUCGGACCUUCGGCCAAAGCGGCUCAGCUGGAGGCCAGUAAGAGCUUCUCCAAAGCCUUCAUGGAGCGGCACGGCAUCCCCACGGCACGCUACGGCUCCUUCACUGACCCCCAGGAGGCCUGCAGCUACAUCCGCACGGCCGACUUCCCGGCUCUGGUGGUGAAGGCCAGCGGCCUGGCGGCGGGGAAAGGAGUGAUCGUGGCGCGGGAUCAGGACGAGGCGUGUCGGGCCGUGAUGGACAUCAUGAAGGACAGAGCGUUCGGGUCUGCGGGAGAGACGGUGGUGGUGGAGGAGCUCCUGGAGGGAGAGGAAGUGUCUUGUCUGUGCUUCAGUGACGGCCACUCGGUGUCGCCGAUGCCGCCGGCCCAGGAUCACAAGCGGCUGCAGGACGGUGACCAGGGCCCCAACACCGGCGGCAUGGGGGCCUACUGCCCCACUCCCCAGGUGAGUCGGGAGCUGCUGCAGCAGAUCACGGAGACGGUCCUCCAGAAGACGGUGGACGGGAUGAGGGAGGAGGGGGCGCCUUACGUGGGCGUCCUGUACGCGGGGCUGAUGCUGACGGAGCAGGGGCCGAAGGUCCUCGAGUUCAACUGCCGCUUCGGGGACCCCGAGUGUCAGGUGCUGCUGCCCCUGCUGCAGAGCGACCUGUAUGAGGUGAUCCUGAACACGGUGAACGGAAAGCUGGCCUCCAGCGCCCCCGUGUGGCACCAGGAGAGCUCUGCGGUGACGGUGGUCAUGGCCAGCGCAGGUUACCCCGGCUCCUACAAGAAAGGAGUGGAGAUCACAGGUUUGUCCCAGCUCCAGGACACGGGGCUGCAGGUCUUCCACGCCGGCACCGCCCUCAAGGACGGAGGCGUGGUCUCCAGCGGCGGGCGGGUGCUGACGGUGACGGCGGUGGGGUCGUCCCUGGAGACGGCGCUGCAGGCGGCCAAUCGCGGCGUGGCGGCCGUCGGCUUCCCCGGCGCCGUGUACCGACGCGACAUCGGCCACCGGGCCAUCGCCCACCUGAACCGACGCAGAGGUCUGACCUAUAAGGACAGCGGCGUGGACAUCGCUGCCGGUAACAAGCUGGUGGACAUGAUCAAACCUCUGGCUAAGGCGACUUCCCGAGCCGGGUGUAAUGCAGAACUCGGGGGUUUCGCCGGGCUCUUUGAUCUGAAGGCGGCGGGAUUUGUCGACCCGAUCCUGGUGUCUGGGACGGACGGAGUCGGGACCAAGCUCAAGAUCGCGCAGGCGUGCGGGCAGCACGGCGGCCUUGGUCAGGACCUGGUGGCCAUGUGCGUGAACGACGUUCUGGCUCAGGGCGCCGAGCCGCUCUUCUUCCUCGACUACUUCUCCUGCGGCAGCCUGGACGUGGGCGUGGCCACGUCGGUGGUCGGCGGCAUCGCCAGGGCCUGUGAGAUGGCUGGCUGCGCUCUGCUCGGUGGGGAAACGGCAGAAAUGCCGGGCGUCUACGCCGCCGGAGAGUACGACCUGGCCGGGUUCUGCGUGGGUGCGGUGGAGCGAGGGGCCCUGCUGCCCCGGCUGGGGGACAUCGCCGAGGGCGACCUCCUGAUCGGAGUGGCCUCCUCUGGGGUUCACAGCAACGGCUUCAGCCUGGUGCGCAAAGUCCUGGAGAGGGCCAACCUCAGCUACAGCUCCCCGGCUCCCUUCGGCGAGCCGGGACAAACCGUCGGGGAGGUUCUGCUGACGCCGACCAACAUCUACAGCCGCCUCCUCCUGCCGAUUCUGCGCAGCGGUGCUGUCAAGGCCUACGCUCACGUCACAGGUGGGGGGCUCCUGGAGAACAUCCCCCGGGUGCUGCCCCAGGAGCUGGCAGUGGAUUUAGACGCCUCUCGAUGGAGCAUCCCUCCCGUGUUCUCCUGGCUCCACAAAGAAGGGGGUCUGAGCGAGGAGGAGAUGGCCCGCACCUUCAACUGCGGCCUGGGGGCGGUGCUGGUGGUCGCCCCCCCGGAUGCUCAGAGGGUCCUGCGUCAGCUCCAAGCUCACCAAGAGGCCUGGAUCGUGGGUUCGCUGGCCCACAAGCAGCCUGGAGCGGAAACUGUGGUGGUCCGUAACCUGAAACACAGCCUGCUGAACGCGGGGCCUGCCGCCGCAGGGGGAGAGCCCGGGGUCGAGCGGAACGGAGGUUGCCGCGGCAACGGCAUCACGCCACACAAGAGGAUGAGAGUAGCUGUUCUCAUCUCCGGCACGGGCACCAACCUGCAGGCCCUGAUAGAGCAGGCCAAGCGUCCGUCCAGCUCGGCAGAGAUCGCUGUGGUCAUCUCCAACAGACCAGGAGUUCAGGGCCUGAAGAGAGCAUCGCUGGCUGGUAUUCAGACACGGGUGGUGGACCACAAACUGUACGGGAGCCGCGCAGAGUUCGACGGCACCAUCGACCGCGUGCUGGAAGAAUUUGGGGUGGAGCUGGUCUGUCUGGCUGGAUUCAUGAGGAUCCUCACGGGAACUUUUGUCAAGAAGUGGAACGGGAAGCUGCUCAACAUCCACCCAUCUCUGCUGCCCUCAUUCAAGGGGGUGAACGCCCAGAAGCAGGCGCUGCAGGCUGGAGUACGGGUCGCCGGUUGCACGGUCCACUUCGUAGCGGAGGAGGUGGACGCAGGAGCCAUCAUCGUCCAGGAGGCGGUGCCAGUGCUGGGCAGCGACACGGAGGAGAGCCUGUCGGACAGGAUCAGGGAGGCCGAGCACCGCGCGUUCCCCGCAGCUCUGGAGCUGGUGGCCAGCGGCGCCGUGAGGCUGUCGGAGGACGGACACAUCGUCUGGAAGUGAUCCAGCUCAACAACACAUUAACCAGAAACGAAAGAGACGCUAACAAAGACGAGUAGAAAACACAUUUACUGUUUACAAAAGCAUCCAACAUUCCAGUUUACACUACAUUCCAGAUGGAGAAGAGGCAUGGGGAUCCUGUUGUUACGCUGUCUGGGUGGGGGUUGAUGUUGGUUGUGUUAUCAUUUUUUGUAUGUCUGCGUAGUUGAAAAUAUUAUUAAAUCUGUCUGGGUGACCACAGAG